GUGUAUGAUGUACUAAGUUUGCAAUGCUCAAGUCACCCUGGAGUUACUAUAGAAAUGAGCUCCCAUGACAGAGAGGCGGUCUAAGCAGAAUUAUGACAACAAAAGGGGCGUUAGUUAGUCUUCGAAAAAAAGUCAGGUCUGAAGGAAACAUUAACUGCACCUUCAGAGAACAAUAAACUGGUUCCAGGAUAUCUUUCUACAGUACAGCAUUCGUAUAAUUUAAUUUAAUUUUAUGGAGAUGGAAUCGCAGGUUUCCUUCCCAAAGAAACAAAGGAAAGAGGAUUUAGUUGAUGCUGUUAAAGAAGGAAUUGGUGCCUGUGGUUGGAUCCUACUAAUCUUGUCCGCAAUAUUUGCAGCAGUUACCUUUCCCUUAUCUAUAUGGUUCUGCUUUAAGGUUGUUAAAGAAUAUGAGCGUGCUGUGGUAUUCCGACUAGGCCGAAUCUUGAGCGGAAGAGCAAAAGGGCCGGGGUUGAUAUUUAUUUUACCAUGCACAGAUACAUUUGUAAAGGUGGAUCUUAGAGUUAUUUCAUUUGCAAUUCCUCCACAAGAGAUCCUUACCAAAGACUCAGUGACUACAAAUGUUGAUGGAGUUGUGUAUUACAAGAUUGAAAAUGCGAUCAAGUCAGUGGCCAAUGUCAGCAAUGUGCAUCUAGCUACUCACCAAUUAUCUCAAACUACUCUGAGAAAUAUUCUGGGAACACAGACUCUCUCCAGUAUUUUGUCCAAUCGUGAAGAGAUUGCUCACAAUAUUCAGUCAUUGCUGGAGGCUGCUACACAUGACUGGGGAGUGGAUGUGGAACGUGUUGAAAUGAGGGAUGUGCGACUACCAGUACAGAUGCAGAGGGCUAUGGCUGCGGAAGCAGAAGCUGGGAGAGAGGCCAGAGCCAAGAUUGUAGCUGCUGAAGGCGAGAUGAAUGCUUCACGAGCACUGAAAGAAGCCUCCAUAGUGAUGUCAGAGUCUCCAGCUGCUCUCCAACUGCGUUACCUGCAGACUCUUACCACAGUGGCUGCUGAGAACAACUCCACAAUUAUAUUCCCUCUUCCCAUUGACAUGCUCCUAAGCUUCAUGCACAAAACAAAGUGAAUACUUUACUUACACUAUAAUCUACUUCUUUCUAUUAUAGAAAAUAUGUACAUUUGUAAUAAUGCAAUAUUAUACAUUUAAUUUUAGAGAAAAGAGAAAAAAAAAAAAUGUGUACAUUCACCUUGUCCAGAAAUAAAAAAUUCAGCACUUAAACUCAAAAUAAAAAUAAAAAAUACAUUUCCUAAUAAAGUGUUUUUUUCAAAUUAGUUGGAUAGUUUAUCAACAAUAAUUGAAGAGCAGAACUUAAUGUAUAUUUAAAGGGGCAUUAAAGCACACACAAACACACACACACACACACACAUAUAUAUAUGUUAUAUAAAGUAUAUAUAUAUAUAUAUAUUCAUAUAUAUUCAUAUACAUACAUACAUACACACACACAGUAUACAUAAUCUAUGUAUCCUCUAGGCUUAAUUAUUAUAUGAAAUUAUUUUAUGAAACUUUUUAACUGUAUUUUUUAUUUUUGGAUAAAUAUAUGAUGCAAUAAAUCAGAAAAAUUAAAAUAAUGUGUUUAUUCAUAUCAUGCAAUGUCGGAUUUUCUCUCACUGAAAGUAAACAUUAUUAUCUGCCUCAUUAAUCUUAGUGUUUUGUAAUUUAAAAAUGAAAUCAACAAACAAAAUGACAAUCUCAUGGGUUUAGCAAUUACAUCACAGGUUUAAGGGCCUGUAUGUUGAUUGGUCCCUUUUUAUAGUGUAUACCGAUGCUAAUAAGUGACAUAGGUGUGCAAUUAAAUUGUUGUGCUCGAAAACCAUA